AUGCUAAAGUGUUGCCACAUACGAGUUGCGGAAAGUCGUGAUAUUAAGCCAUUUGAAGAAAUAUUCAUUUGGGGUAAAUUGGAAGAUAAGAAUGAAAAAUUUACUAGAGAUUCGUAUAUCGAAGGUACGGAACAUUUUCAGCAGAGAACUGGGCUUCUUACAGCCCCGAUAAAGAUUUCGGCAGAAAUGAUGAACGAUGAAAAUAAAUUCCCCAAAUGCGUACUGAAUACUACUGAUAAAUCAAUCAGAGUUUAUAGAGAACAAACUGCGGCCACAAUUCAGGAACUGCCAAGUACCCACAACAUAACACAUAUUUCAGAGUCAAAUAUGGGGGGGAAAUAAUCUAUCAUCACAAUAUGACCCGGUCCCAGAAGUAUCUGUUGGUGAACAAUUGACAACACAACAAAGAGAAAACCUAGAAGUUUUAAUUCAAAAAAAUACACAAGUUUUCGACUACCCAGGAAACAGUGGGUUCACCACAACAAUAGAGCACACAAUACCCACAGCCGUAUCUGAUCCAAUUGUGUGCCACCCCAGACGACACAACCUGGGGUUAACACAAAAAAUUAAUGAAGCAGUAGGAAACCAUGUAAAGUCGGGACAUUUGACACCCUCUAAGUCCCCUUGGGCAUUUCCAAUUGUACCUGUAUUGAAACCAGAUAAAACAGUUCGAUUGUGUGUAGACUACAGACCACUUAACAAAAUUACCCAGAAUGACCCAUAUCCAACUGGAAAUUUGCAAGAGGUUCUAGACAAUCUAUCAGGUGCUAACUAUUUUAGUGUUAUUGACUUGGCCCAAGGUUAUUUGCAGGUCCCACUGGCCAAGGAAGAUAGACCAAAGACAGCGUUUCGAACACCUACUGGGUUUUGGGAAUGGACAAGAAUGCCAUAUGGUUUAAAAGGAAGUCCGCCAACUUUUUCUCGGUUGAUGCAGAAGGUUCUAGGACACAUUGCACCACAUCGGUUAGCAUUGUACAUGGCUGAUAUCUCUAUUAUUAGCAAAACGUUUGAGGAAACGGUUAUCUCUCAUCAAUGUCGCUCUUCGUCCAAAUGGAUCUUUCUGUUCCAGGAUCUUUAG